AUGAAGUGGUUCACCUCCUCCACCGAGGCCCCCGCCCCCGCCAUGCCCGCGGACCACCCUCCAGUCCCCGCAGGCGGUGCUGCCAAGUGCCCCGUCGACCACGCCGCCAUGGCUGCUGCCCCUGCCCCAGCUGCCGCCGCCGACGGCGCUGCCAAGUGCCCCGUCGACCAUGCCUCGAUGGCCAAGCCCAAGGCCGCCCCCUCCGACGGUGCCAAGUGCCCCAUCGACCACAGCGGUAUGCCCGGUGCCGCUGCCGCCAACGUCUUUGGUACUGCCGUCGGCGCCCCCGGCUCCCUCAACCCUCUCAACUCGAUGCCCGUGGGACUGAGUGCGACCCAGAAGGCUCCCGGCCAGAAGCUCGACCUGCCCACCGAGAAGACUCUGUCUGGUAUCCCCCGCCCACCUACCGAGGGCGAGAGCAGCUCGGGCAGCGUGUGGGAGUAUCCCUCCCCGCAGCAGUUCUACAACGCUCUUGUCCGCAAGGGCUGGGAGACUCCCGAGGAGAGCAUUGAGAUGGUCGUUGACAUUCACAACUGGAUCAACGAGGGUGCUUGGGACGAGGUCAUGAAGUGGGAGAAGAGGUUGCCUGGUGGAGAGGACGCCCAGCUCGCGCGUUUCCAGGGCCGUCCUGGAGACCUGUCACCCAAGGCUCGCAUGCACCUGUUCCUCGGCCAGCUCUUCCCCUCCAAGUUCAACACGGACAAGCCGUUUGACCGCCACGACUGGAUCGUCACGCGCCCAAUCCUGGACGCGCAGGGCAACAAGACAAAGGAAGAGGCCGCCCAGCGCUACGUUAUCGACUACUACUCAGCCCCCAACGACGAGGACGGAAACCCCGUCUUCUCGCUCGACGUCCGUCCGGCACUGGACAGCUUUGGUGCCGUCAGCGAGCGCAUCCAGGUCGCUGUGCAGGAGUGGAUGCGCGGCGAGUAG